AUGCAUGUGGGCAUCGACUCUGCAUCGUCACUUCUCGAUGAGAUGAAUGACUGUCGGCCAGACCGAGGCCGUUCUUCCGCGUCGGCCGACAAGGCCACGGAGCGGCUACAGGAGAAAAAGACCGCUGGCGGUAAACGAGGGAAGACUUUUACGGGCUGCUGGACGUGUCGCGAGCGGCACGUCAAGUGUGACGAGCAGCGUCCAAAAUGCAAGCGUUGUAUUGCGGGCAAUUUUGCUUGUCAAGGGUACAGCACGCGACUCACAUGGCUCACGCCUAUGAGCCAAAGGGUAUCGAAGAGCAAUUGUCGGACCCGGCACACGGCUGAGGAAAGCUCCUCUAUAGGCGUCAAUGUUCCAACACGCGGCUCACUCUCAGGGUUUCCAACUUUGCAACCAGAGCCUACUCCAAAAAGACGGAGGCAUACAGAGCGAAGCAGACCUACAGUCACGACGGAGCAGGCGUGCCAGAACGUUCAACCAGCGGAGCCUCGGGACGUGGAGACCAUCCAACCCAGCGAGAUCAUCACAACUGUGAAUAAAUCAGCCCUGUUUGAAGGUGUUCCCAACGACACACGUAUUUCGUUGGACGACAAUGAACUUGUCUACUCAGAGCAGCAGAACCUGGACUCCAACCUAUGGCCAACAGUCAACAGCUCGAGUUGGUCACCGGGAGUGGACCACCUUCAACUCAAUUGGUACGCAUAUUCUCAACAAUUUCCUAACAAUGGGAGUGCCGUAUCUAGCUUUUUCGAUCCCAUGUCUAUCCCGCGCAUUGGUAGCCCUUUAACACCAUUCGGAACGCCAUCAUCUGCCACUCGAGAACGGGAGCUCAUCAGCCACUGGGCGACAAACCUCGCAGACAAGCUGGUCCCUUUCCGCAGCCCUGCCAACCCUUUCCUCACCGUCGUGUCUCCCAUGGCUCUCGAGGGGAGCCGGACAGCCCGCACAAAGUCUACCUGUACAGUCGCGUUAUUCCACGCUGUCUGCGCCAUCUCUGCAGCCCAUCAAGCAAAUCUCAGAGCUUGUGCUUUGGAGGAUGACGGGCUUCUUCUUCACCACAAGCAGCUCAGCUUUCAUCAUCUCAUGCAGAACAUAGACCGCAGAGACCAUGAUGAACGGAUGGCAUGCCUCGCCACCCUAUGUCUGUGGAUACUGAUCCACUUCGUCACGGGCACGCCAGGGGCCUGGCGGGAAGUCACAAAGGUGACGAGGGGCCUCCUCGAGGGGAUAAGCGCAGAGACCUGGGCCCAGUCUACAACUGCUGCACUGACAUACCAGUCGUUCUCCUCGAGCUUCGCGCUGAUCCAGGCCCAGUACCUCGGACGACAGGAGUCUCUCGCCCCUUUGAAGACUACUCUCCCAGGUGUAGACAUGGUCAAAAGCCAGAUCAUGCCGGCACGUUCCCUCGAGCUGCUGUCUUCCUUCAACACGAAGCUGAUGCGCGCCCAUGCCAUGCCUUCCGAAGAGCUUGACCAGCUAGAGAUCGAGUUCGCCCUUUCCACGCCGGAGCCGUCGACCGACUUUGACGCCGGCAACGCGGCCUCGGCAAUGGUGCACCACCACCGCUCGCUGUUCUACUACGCCUCCCUGCUCUACUUCAGAGGCAACUCCGGGAGGCGCGGCCCUGAGGAGGAGGUCCAGGGCCUGGUUGCCAGGUGUCUGGACCACAUGGAGCACCUCGAUCUGCUGCAGAAAGACGGCAGUCCCAAGACGUGGGUCUACGCGGUGGUUGCGUUUGAGGCGGCGACGCCGGAGCUACGGCACAGGACUAGAAGCCUGUUCGCCAAGCGGAUGUCUCUGGGAAUUGCUGCUUGGAAUACGUUACUUCUAGCGGUUGAAGAGGUUUGGAAGCGCCGCGACGCUAAUUUUCCAGGGCUUGAUCCAGAGCCUUGGACUCGGGUUCUCGCAAAUAUGCCAGAACUGGACGUCGUACUGUAUUGA